AUGGACCAACACAACGACGCCGUCAAGGCCAUUGCUUCCCAGGUCGAGGAUUUCUACAAGCGAAAGGAGCCUUUCCGUAUCUACCAUGGCUCCACGAAUAGUACCAGAAUCGUCCAGUUUGACAGAAAAAAGAUGGUCGACAUGAGCAGUUUCAACCACGUCCUGGAAGUCGACCGGCACCGCCAGGUCGCCCUUGUGCAGCCCAACGUGCCCAUGGACGCUCUGGCCGAGGAGACGUUGAAGUAUGGCCUCAUCCCUCCCGUUGUCAUGGAGUUCCCCGGCAUCACCACUGGCGGCGGCUUCUCUGGUGUAGCUGGCGAGAGCUCUUCGUGGAGAUGGGGCUUCUUCGAUCGCAUCGUCAAUUGGUGUCAUGUCAUCCUUCCCACCGGGGAAAUCGCCAAGGCAUCGCCCACCGAGAAUGAGGAUCUCUUCUAUGGCGCCCCGGGUACCUACGGCACUCUUUGCGUGACGACGCUGUUUGAAAUCCAGCUCAUCCCCGCCCAGAAGUUCGUCGAGCUGGAGUACGUAACCGUGGACAGCGUGCCGUCUGCCGUCCAAACCCUGCAGCGCGCCAUGGCCGAGGAAAAGCACGAGUACAUCGACGGCAUCAUGUUCUCGCUCAAGCGCGGCACCAUCAUGCUCGGCAAGAUGACCGACGGCCCCUCGUCCCCUUCGAUCAAGCCCCAGCGCUUCUCCCGCGCGUGGGACCAGUGGUUCUACCUCCACGCCGACGCCGUCACCAAGCCGGGGAAACCGAACCACGUCGAAGCGGUGCCGCUCGCCGACUACCUCUUCCGCUACGACCGCGGCGCCUUCUGGACCGGCCGCUACGCCUUCAGGCGCUUCCACACGCCCUUCGACCGCCUCUCCCGCCUGGUGCUCGACCGCCUCAUGCACACCCGCCGCAUGUACGCCGCCCUCAACGCCAGCGGCUUCACCCAGCAGUACAUCAUCCAGGACCUCGCCCUGCCCUUCGACGCCGCCGAGGCCUUCAUCGGCUGGGUCGACCGGGCGGUCAGGAACUACCCGCUGUGGCUCUGCCCGCUGCGCGUCGAGAACGCGGCGGCGGUGCCCCUGCGCGCCAGGAUCGGCGGGAAGAUCAUCGUCAAUGCGGAGGGGUCGGGGCCCGCGGCGGCGGCGGCGUCGUCGUCGUCGCCGGCGGACUCGGGCGCGGAAUCGGGCGGCGGCGGCGGCGCUGCUGCGGAAGGCGGCGACGGUCCGCAGUUUCUGCUGAACGUCGGCGUCUGGGGGCCCGGCCCGCGCAAGGCGGAGCCGUUCGUCCGGCUGAACCGCGAGCUGGAGGCCGAGGUGAGGCGGCUGGGCGGGUUCAAGUGGCUGUACGCCAACGCGUACUACACCGAGGACGAGUUCUGGCAGAUCUACGACAAGGGCUGGUACGAUGGGUUGAGGAAGAAGUACAGGGCUGAGACGCUGCCGAGCGUCUACGACAAGGUCAAGGCGAAGGAGGAGAGGGUGCCGAUCAGUGGGCUGAGGGGGAUCAAGACGGCCAUGUUUGGAGGGACGAGCGGGAAGCAUCUAUUUGGGAAAUAA